AUGCCUGUAAUGUUAAAUCAGUCAUUUUACAGGGUCACUCUUCCUGGUAACGUGGAUGACUCUUGGGUCACUCUUCCUGGUAACGUGGAUGACCCUUGGGUCACUCUUCCUGGUAACGUGAAUGACUCUUGGAUCACUCAUCCUGGUAAUGUGGAUGACUGUUGGGUCACUCAUAUUGGUAAUGUGGAUGACUGUUGGGUCACUCAUCCUGGUAAUGUGAAUGACUGUUGGGUCACUCAUCCUGGUAAUGUGAAUGACACUUGGGACACUCAUCCUGGUAACGUGAAUGACCCUUGGGUCACUCAUCCUGGUACCGAAGAUGACCCUUGGGUCACUCAUCCUGGUACCGAAGAUGACCCUUGGGUCACUCAUCCUGGUACCGAGGAUGACUCUUGGGUCACUCAUCCUGGUACCGAAGAUGACCCUUAG